AACAGAAAACCUUGAGUAAAAGCUCACACCUAUCUCCUCGGAUUUGGCGCAGGCGUAGUGCAGCUACAGGUGAGCUGGUGAUGGAUGACAGUGAGGAGGUCACCGAGGACCAGCGAGAGGAGGAGAAGCAGCCAUCUGAUCAGACGGGCCUGGCCACCGGAAACCAGGACCAGGCGGAGAAGCCCACCAAGGGUCAAGACAGUGGAGAUGAGUGGGACACUGAUCUGGAAACAGACAAUGACACCCAUCAGAACCAGAGUUUGACCCGUUCAGAGCAGUACCUGCAGGCCUGUCGGCGGACGGGCUCCGUUCCCGUGUCCUCCUUCCUCCGUCUCUUGGGUGAAGCCAAUCUCAACCUGAACCACUAUGGGGUGGGACCGCUGGGAGCCAAAGCUCUGGCCAUAGCUCUGCAAAAUGACACUGACGUUACAAACCUUGAGCUGGAGGACAACGCACUUCAGGCCGAGGGGACACAGUAUCUGAUGGAAAUGCUUGAAACCAACACGACCAUCCAGAGUCUAAAUCUUUCCAACAACCAGCUGCACCUUGAAGGAGCAAAAAGCAUCUCCAAAAUGCUAUCAGACAAUUACUACAUAACAUCCAUCAAACUCUCAGGCAAUGAUUUUGAUGAUUCUUCUGCUAAAUGCCUUGCUGAUGCUUUAAAUGGUGACUACGUAGUCAAGGAGCUGGACCUCAGUCACAACCACAUCUGUGGUACAGAAGGACAAAACCUGGGUGACAUGUUAGCCACAAAUGUAGGUAUGGAAGUCCUAAAUUUGAGCUGGAACCAUCUGUGUAAGGACGGUGCUGUGGCUUUGAGUGCUGGACUGAAGGGGAACUCGACUCUGAAGCAGCUCCAGCUGUCGUGGAACGGUUUUGGCCCCGUCGAGGCGGAGUCACUGGGUGAAGCGCUGAAACACAACAGCACGCUGGUGCUGCUGGACCUCAGCAGCAACCUCAUAGACGAUCAGGCGGCGGCGCUCCUCUGCCCGGGCCUGGCCACCAACGCCACCCUCAGGGUCCUCAAGCUCUCCCAUAACCCACUGACAAAUAUCGGAGCUCUGUCGUUGCUCAAAACAGUUACAGAAAACAAGAACUCAGCCGUGGAGGAGAUGGAUAUUUCUACAGUUUUUGUUUGUGAGACCUUUGUGGAGCUGUUGGGAGAAGCCCGUCAGAGGCGUCCUGGUCUGGAUGUUCGGCACAACGUCAUGAGCUCCGUCACCAGGAACAUAUCGGCCCUCCAGGUCUUUCAGAAAUUCCUUGCAGAGCGAAAUGAGAGCAUCAUGGACUUCUUCCAAGUGUUGGAUAAAGAAGGAACCAAGAAUGUCCCCACCUCUGCCUUCAGGAACGCUGUAAAGGAAGCUAAUGCACCUCUGGAUCAGCGGCAGCUUGAGUGGUUGAUCAAGAAGUUUGAUAAGAACUGCACAGCCACCAUCAUCUACAGGUUAGUCUGUGAACGGGUGUACGUAGCAUCGUAUUAGUCGUCCAUUAUUUACCAUAACAAGUACUGUUUAUGCGAGUCAGGAAGAAACACAAACCAUAGUAACUUUUUCCAUUAAAAACAAUCCUAACUCAAGGUUCACUUACAAGCUUUUUGUAGAGCUUGUAAACAGAACUCCUGGUCUUCAGUGCAUGGAGUUUGCUCCGUUGUCAUCUCUCUUCGUUGCAGUCAAUUUGCCGAGCUGUCAUAGACGCAGAGACGUACGGCACGCUGAGGAGGAUUAGGUAGACGUCUUCAAAUAAAACUGAAUUCGUAUUUGAUUGUGUUCUUUAUAUGCUAGCAGUGGGACUUUGCAAAUUCAGUACGUCCUUUUUUUUCACCAUUACAACUCUCAAUUUCACAUUUUUUUGCAAAAAUAAUUUUAGCAUAAUUAGAGAUACUCAAAAGGAGGUUCGACUGACCUCACAAACCCAAUGGUAAUGUGCACCACUGACAGGUGUAUCCUAAUAAUAUCCCCUCCCCUCUCCUUCCACCGUGGUCCUUAGCUCAACCUAAUUCUGUGCGGCAUGAAUACUUGAACCUCUGACACCAACCAGCUGCACCCACCUGAGCACCGCCAGCGGCUGGGCCACAGGGUCCUCUGCCUCAUUCUCUCCGUCCAAAAAUAAUCUUCUGGUAUGACAACAGAACAGAGGAGGAAGAAGGAGAGCGCUGGCGUCCAUAUCAAAGGA